AUGAGGAGAAGACAACCAAAGAAAAGGAACAGGAUAAUAGGGAAGGUGAAGGUAAAUAACAACAGAAGAGUCAUAAAGAAGUAUAGAAAGACUAGAAGAAAGAAGAAGGAGGAGAACAAUUUAAAGAACAAAGAGCAAGAAAGGGAGGAGAAAAAAGGAGAUACCAAGGUAGAUGAAGGAUUGAACAAGUAUGGAACAGAAAAUAGUCUCAGCAGAAUCCUAACAAUUAAUUUGAAGCUUUGGAUAGUGAGGAGGGUGGAGUUAAGGAGAAAGAGCAAUGAGAUCACUGAAGUUGAUACAAGUAAAAGAAGCUCAUCAAAUGAUAAAGAGAAGCAAAGGUCUAAAAAGGACAUAACUGAUGUAGCAAGUUCUAACAAAGAGGAAGCAGAAGGGAGUCAGCAGGAACGGAACAAUAAAGCUAGAUCUAACAAACGGGUUGAUGAUCUCAGUAAGGAAAAAUCUCAACAUGUGGAUGGUGUUCCAUAUAUCAGGGAGCCAAUGUAG